CCUCUGCUGCGCAUGCGGAAAUACCACGUGUUCAUUCCGGAUUCAAGAAAUAGAGGUGACCUACUUGUUGCACGAGAAGUGGGAGAGCAUUGACCAGUCCUAACCACAGCUAAACAAUGUCUGAGCCCAUUCGAGUUUUGGUGACCGGCGCUGCUGGGCAGAUUGCCUAUUCCCUGCUCUUUGGCAUCGCCAAGGGAGAUGUCUUCGGAGCAAAUCAGCCCAUCAUCCUGGUCCUGCUGGACAUCACGCCCAUGCUGCCCGUCCUGGACGGCGUUGUCAUGGAGCUGCAGGACUGUGCCCUCCCACUUCUGAAAGAGGUCAUCCCCACUGACAAGGAGGAGGUGGCCUUCAAGGACUUGGACGCUGCCAUCCUGGUCGGUUCAAUGCCCAGAAGGGAUGGCAUGGAGAGGAAGGACCUCCUCAAGGCCAACGUGGCCAUCUUCAAGAGCCAGGGCACAGCCCUGGAGAAUUAUGCGAAGAAGACCGUCAAGGUCCUAGUUGUGGGCAACCCAGCCAACACCAACUGCCUGAUCGCAGCCAAGUCUGCCCCCUCAAUCCCCAAGGAGAACUUCUCCUGCCUGACCCGCCUGGAUCAUAACAGGGCUCGCUCUCAGGUGGCGAUGCGCUGCGGGGUGCCAGCCACCCACGUGAAGAACGUGAUUAUCUGGGGCAACCACUCAUCUACCCAGUACCCCGAUGUGCACCAUUGCAAGGUCAACAUGGCUGGCAGUGACCUAGCCUGCUUUGAAGCAGUCAAGGAUGACACCUGGCUCAAAGGAGACUUUAUCGCUACGGUGCAGCAGAGGGGCGCAGCAGUCAUCAAGGCCAGGAAGCUGUCCAGUGCCAUGUCUGCAGCAAAGGCUAUCUGUGACCAUAUGAGGGAUAUCUGGUCAGGCACUCCUGAGUGUGAGUUCAUUUCUAUGGGUGUGUAUUCAAAAGGCAACACCUACGGAGUCCCUGAUGACCUCAUCUACUCCUUCCCUGUUCAGAUCAAGGACAAGUCUUGGAAGUUUGUGGAAGGGCUGGCCAUCAACGACUUCUCUCGAGGCAAGAUGGAUGAAACAGCCAAGGAGUUGGUGGAGGAGAGAGACACUGCCAUCUCCUUCUUGGGAGUUUGACUGUAGCCCCGAAGACAACCCCAACACCACUUACACACCCCCAAGCUCCCAGACUUGCGUCUACGAUGGCACUCCCCUGCAUCUCUGAGUGUGUGUGGUGUAUGUGUGCACUAGUGUCAACUCUCCACUGAAAUGAGUCACACAAAUCUUGAUAGGUCCCUAUUGAAAAAGGAAAAGAGGAUUGUUACAUGUAGUUGAUGUUGCACUCAGUCUACAAUCACUGUAAUGGUUAUUUGUUGAGUCAAACAAUAAAACCAGUGAAAGAUUUACACAUUAUUUUGUUUGUAGAUUAAAUGUGAAGUUUUUUUUUAAUUGGAACAUUUUGUGAAAAAUAUUAAGUUGAAUGAUACUGACCACUAAGUUAUCGUUUUCUUCAAUGUUUUUCAUCCCUAUACCACUCCAGUGAUUGCAUAGGAGCUAUUAGUUGUGAUGGUGCAAUUCUGCCACUUGAGGGCGAUGCAUUCUUGUUAAUAAAAGAACAAAUGCUGAAUUUCUGUUCAUUUUAAUGUACUUAUGCCUGAAUUCAAAGA